AUGUCACCACCACUCGCCCCCAUGCUCAGCGCAAUGGUCAUCUGCCGCGGCAUCGCCCACUUCAUCGGCUACCCGCACACCCUCGACCCAACAUUCACAAACCGCACCCUGCUGCACACAUUCUCCGCCGCCCUCGACGCCUGCGCCCAAUCCCACACCCUCUGGCACCUGACCCCCAUCGACGUCGCCACAAUCUUCACCCCGCUGCUCGACUAUGCCUCUUCCCACUCCCACUCCCCCUCCCACCCCGCCCGCUCCGGCAACCACAUCUCCACCCUCCACCCCACCGCCAUAACCUCCAUGUCCGCACACCUCACCUUCACCGCCGCCCGCGCCCUCGCCGCAGACCUUGACGCCCUCGCGCGCGUGCAGGACAGCUGGUCGCGCUGGUUCGGGCUCGUCUUGUAUACCCGUGUCCUCUCCUCCCUCUCCCUCUCCCUCUCCCUUUCCCCCCCCCACCCUCACCACACCGACUCGGAAGUCUCAGCCAACGACACGCCCUGGGACGCCGCAAUCGGGCAGUACGACAUCCCGUUCCUGCUCUCGAGGGGGCUGGGGGAUGAGAUCGCAUCCGAGAAUUUCUACACCGCCUGCCAGCGCCUGCAGCCCCACAUCGUUGGCUACACCGCUUUCAAAACAAGUUUUGUACGUCUCGGCGGGCUUAUCCAUAUGCCGCCUUCUCUCACACCCCCGCCCCCGCCGUCUGCGCCGCCGGGGCUCCCCACCAGCGCACAAGCAGACCCCUUCCUCUCACCCCACUGGACCAUCGCCUCCGAGCUACGCGGCACCAACGCGUUCCCGCUGUCCGCGCGGAUGUCGUUCCUCCUCUCGGGGUCCACCGAGGAGCCCACAAAUACCAAUUGGCUCAACAGGGGGCGGUAUGAGAGUGCGCCGCUGAAGGGGCUUGGGGCGCGGUUUGUGUAG